AUGCAAUUCCCAUCCGCUCUUAUUUUUGGCCUUUUAAUCCAAUCCGCUGUUGCCGAACCUGGACAUAUUAACCAGCAGCCAGGUGGAUGUCCAGCCGGUCAAACUACUCGUAUUAAUGGCCAAUGCCCAACCGGUUCGUUUGGUCCUCAUGGUGGCAAAUGCCCUAUUGGUUCAGUACCUCCUCAAAGUGGCAAAUGCCCGGCUAGUUAUAAACCUUGCAACCUAGGUCAUUUAUCGAAACGGCACGGAGCAAAGUAUUGUCCCACGCGACGGUGGUCUUACCGCUGGAUUAGCGGCUUUGGGGUGUUGUCUACUUUCCGCUUGGUGUUAAGGCCUCCCAAAAAUAGACAGUACGAUUUUCCGGAGGUUAGCGUUCUAAAUCGGGGACCCCCCUGUUGGAUCACCCCCCCUGAUGGAUCACCCUAA